UCUCUCACAGUAUAAGCGACGAGACUCUUUAGUAAUAAUGGCACAAGCUUGGUUUCCACUUGAAGAACACUUUCUUCCUAGGAAACUUUCCAAGGAAAACCUCGACAGGUUCAUACCAAAUAGAUCCGCCAUGGAUUUCGACUAUGCUCCCUACGCUCUUACCGAAGGAAGAAAACCUAAAGUUGAGGUAACUUCAGCGUCAAGGAAAGCGUACAUGAACCAAUUGGCUGAGACUAUGAAUCAGAAUCGAACCCGGAUUCUCGCUUUCAGAAACAAACCUAAAGCUCUGCUUUCUAGUAAUCACUCUGAUUCUCCUCAUGAACAAUCUAAAUCCGUAAAGCGUCGUAGAUACAUUCCUCAGAAUAGUGAGAAAAUCUUGGAUGCACCUGGCAUUGUGGAUGACUUCUACCUUAACUUGUUGGACUGGGGUAGUUCUAAUGUCUUAGCCCUAGCUUUGGGCCACUCUAUUUACUUGCGGGAUGCUUCUAGUGAUUCUACAUCUAUGCUUGUGACUAUUGAUGAAGAGAAGGGACCUGUCACAAGUAUUAACUGGAUGCAAGAUGGUUGUACUCUCGCAAUUGGUCUUGACAACUCUGAAGUGCAGAUUUGGGAUUCUGCUUCGAAUAGUCAACUGAGAACAUUGAGAGGUGGUCACCAGACAAGAGUAGGAUCAUUAGCAUGGAACAAUCACAUCCUAACAACUGGAGGAAGGGAUGGAAAAAUCAUCAACAAUGAUGUGAGGAUCAGAUCAUCAAUUGUGGGAAGUUACUUGGGUCACACUGAUGAGGUUUGUGGUCUUAAGUGGUCAGAAUCUGGGAAACAAUUAGCAAGUGGUGGUAACGACAAGGUAGUACACAUAUGGGAUCGUUCUCUCGCAUCCUCAAACUCAACUAGGAAAUGGUUGCAGAGGUUUGAGGGACAUACAGCUGCUACGAAAGCUCUUGCAUGGUGUCCAUUCCAAGCGAAUUUGCUUGCAACUGGUGGUGGUGUAGGAGAUAGGACUAUUAAGUUCUGGAAUACACACACUGGUGCUUGCUUGAAUUCAGUAGAAACUGGCUCUCAAGUUUGUUCAUUGUUAUGGAGUAAUAAGGAAAGAGAGUUGCUUAGUUCACAUGGGUUUACACAGAACCAGCUUACACUUUGGAAGUAUCCAUCUAUGUUGAAAAUAGCUGAACUCAAUGGUCAUACAUCAAGAGUUCUUUAUAUGGCACAGAGUCCGGAUGGUUGUACUGUGGCUUCAGCAGCAGGAGACGAGACUCUUAGGCUUUGGAAUGUUUUUGGAGUACCACCACCAAAGACCACCAAAAAAGCUGCUCCAAAAGCAUAUCUGCAGAUAUUUUCUCAUGUGAAUUGUAUUCGUUGA